AUGAGUACUAUAGACGUUAUAGAAUUAUCUCAAGAAGAGAUGGAUGCCGUGAUAUAUGAUUCAAGAGAAGGUGAUUUAACCACUCUUAAAGAAAUAUUCGAAGAAAUCGGAUCAGAAGCCUUACUUACAAUCAAAGAUGAUAUAACUUUGAGUACUCCAUUACAUAUGGCUGCUGGAAAUGGUCAUUUAGAAGUAGUUAAAUACUUUUUAACAUUAUUAUCUAAAGAAGAAGCGAUUAAAUAUGCUUCUAUACCAAAUGAAAGUGGGAACACUGCUUUACAUUGGGCUGCAUUCAGUGGUCAUUUACCUGUUGUGGAGUUAUUAGUUGAAGAAUAUCAAUGUGAUGUAUUUUUAAAGAAUAAAUCAAAUCAUGAUGCUAUAUUUGAAGCUGAAAAUAAUAAUCAAACUGAAGUUGAGAAUUGGUUUUUAAAGAAAUUUGCCGUAGAGGAUGAUUUCAAAAUCGAAGAAGAUGGCGAUGAAACUAAGAUUACUUAUACUCCAGGAUCUGAAUCUAAAGAAGCCGAUGAACGUGCUGCAAAAGCAAAGCAAGAAGAAGAAGAUAAACAAAAGGAAAUACAAGAAAAGACUGAGAAGUUGGAGUUAUAG